UCGGUACCGCGCAUUGUUCAGCAUUAUUGAACAACAAAGUCGGUUCUGGGACCUGACCAAACCCUGGUUUGUCUAUAUGCACCACUCCACAUUGUGCAUCGAAACGCUCAAAGCCCCAACGCUCUCUUCCUUCUCAUAAAUUCCCAUCAAAACCACACAACAACGAAAUUCAAACUCCAAACUUCAAGCACGCCUACAACGCAACACCAAACCGCGUUCGCGUUCGAACAACACGUCGCCAACAAAUCCAUAUAACCAGCAUCACGACCUCUCCUCCUACAUUCCCAUAAUGCUGUCCACACGCUUCAGCGUCGAGUCUCUCUCCUCGCGGCUAAGCGGCGACAAACCGCUCCCAAAACCCACCUACUACUGCAAGAUGAACCCGCAGGAGCAAGCCAUCCACAACAUCAUCGGCGAAGAGAAAUUCGAAUACACGCGCGACCGAAAAGGAAACAUACACAAGCGACGCCUGAGCCCAGCGCAACGGGCGCAAAAUCAACGCAUGUUUUACGAAACGCGCGUUGGCCACGCGAUCGUGGGGGAUGAGUGGAUGAGGAUGAAACUACCCUGUCGGCGGCGAUGAGUGUCAUGAGCUGGUUGAAGCGUGUUUUGUUCCAAAGCCUAUUCAGGUUACUGUUUUCAUUUGUUAGUGUGGGUUAUGUAUGGGGCGUUUUUGAGCGG